GCCCGGCGCUGGUUUUCCAUAGGAAUCCGCUGCCAUCGUGGCUCCGCGGGCGUAGACCGGCGCUGGGCACCAGUGUGCGACUCCCGGUAGCCACACCUCCGUCCUGGCCGCGCCGUCCUACUACUUUUCCACACAGUGCCCGUAGCCGUUGAAAAACCUGGAGGAGCGGAUUCCUCGGGAGAUGGACGCAACUCACAAGAAGCAAGGACGAAAGCCGAGUGGGCGCGCCUCACCCACUGCGCACGCGCAAUCAGUCAGCUUCGAGACGCUGGAGUCGCCGCCCCGCCUGGAGUGCGCCUGCGCGGCCGCCGGGGCUCUCCACCUCGGCUUCCCCUCCCCCUGACCCCCACGGGGGCUCCGGGCCCGGCGGGACCAUGUUCACUAGCACCGGCUCCAGUGGGCUUUACAAGGCGCCUCUGUCGAAGAGUCUCUUGCUGGUCCCCAGCGCCUUGUCCCUCGUGCUGGCCCUCCUCCUGCCUCACUGUCAGAAGUUCUUUGUGUAUGACCUCCAGGCCGUCAAGAACGACUUCCAGGUUUGGAGGUUGAUAUGUGGAAGAAUAAUCUGCCUUGAUUUGAAAGACACUUUCUGCAGCAGUCUGCUUAUUUAUAAUUUUAGGAUAUUUGAAAGAAGAUAUGGAAGCAGAAAAUUUGCAUCUUUUUUGCUGGGUUCCUGGGUUUUGUCAGCGCUGUUUGACUUUAUCCUGGUCGAAGCUGUGCAGUAUUCAUUUGGUUUCACGGCAGCCAGCAAUUUGCCUUCUGGAUUCCUGGCACCUGUGUUUGCUCUGUUUGUACCAUUUUACUGCUCCAUACCAAGAGUCCAAGUGGCACAAAUUCUGGGCCCGUUGUCCAUCACAAACAAGACAUUGAUUUAUAUAUUGGGACUACAGCUUUUCACCUCUGGUUCCUACAUCUGGAUUGUAGCCAUAAGUGGACUUAUUUCUGGGAUGUGCUAUGACAGCCAAGUGCUACGGUUUCAGCAGGUGCUCUGCAUCCCCAGGCGGGUGGCAGAGUUCUUCUCCUGGACGCUCGAGCCCGUCUUCGCGUCCUCAGAACCCACCAGCGAAGCCAGAGUCGGCAUGGGCGCCACCGUGGACAUCCAGAGACAGCAGAGGAUGGAGCUGCUGGACCAGCAGCUGACGCACUCACAGUUCGCCCAGGCGCGGCGGCACAGGCAGCAGCAGGGAGGAAUGAUCAACUGGAAUCGUCUCUUCCCUCCUUUACGUCAGCGACGAAAUAUGAACUACCAGGAUGGUCGGCGGUCAGAGCAACAGGCGUCUCCUCCUCUCGAGGUUUCUGAAGAACAGGUCGCUCGGCUCAUGGAGAUGGGAUUUUCCAGAGGUGAUGCUUUGGAAGCCCUGAGAGCGUCAAACAAUGACCUCAACGUGGCCACCAACUUCCUGCUGCAGCACUGAGUGUCGGAGGCCGACACUGGGCCCGGCCCAGCCACCUCAUCUCAGUGGCAUGGUCCCCGCCACCAGAUCGGCCCCUAGGACCAAGCAGGCUCUGUCGCCGAUGUCCUCGUUGGGAAAGGGGGGUCCCACUGCACUGUUCUCAACUCCAAGAUUGUUGCCGUUAUUAGUAUCAAAAUGAGUUUGCCAUUAAAUUAGCAUGUAUUUUCUAUCUUUAUUUUUUUAUUGGGCAUUUCAGUUUGGAGAACCAUCAUUCAUUCUUGCUGUAUUUAAAACGUGUCAGAACUGCAGGUCUGCACGCAGUCCACCGGGUCUCCUGCUGGGGAGCUGCGGCCGCCAGGAUCGUCUUCACUGCAGUGCGUGUCCUGCACCGCCGGUCGGAAUCGCCGGGAGGGAAGGACGUGCCACUUGAUUCUUGGUGGACUUUUUCAUUGCUUUUUCUUUUUCGUGGACGUGUCCUUGAAUCCCAGGGGCCGUUCAGUGUUCACACUUCCCGGGGGGACGCAGUCUCAGCGAGGCUUAGAGCAGGGUGGCAGCAAGUCAACCCCACUCCACACUGUCCCACCCAUCCUAUCCCGGGGCAUGUCUCGAUUCUGUCCCCACUUCCACCGAUAAUCAUUGAGACUGAUUAAGGUUCUGGAAUUUUCUAGGAAACUUAACUGGAGUUAAUUUUGCUCAGAAUAUCUGAAGUUAGCCACUCAGGCCAGGGAAUGACAUGGAAUAAGGAGAACAGAGGAGCGGGCUCCUUGGCGCAGUGCAGGGCUGGACUAGAGCCCAGCAGGGCCCAGCAGGGCGCGGCCUGAGAGGAUGAGCAGGCCCUCUGUCCAGCCCACUCCCCCUGCAGGCUAACCUGCCUGGCCUGCCACUCAGCCCUCUGGAGGUUCUUCCUAGGCCCCAGCCAGGCCCUGAUCCAGGGCCAGCAGGCUGCAGAGGCUGCCCAUCAGGGGCAGGGAGGCAGGAGGUGGGGUGCGAAGGGAGCGAAAGACCUAACGCAAGUUGACCGUAAUGAACCCACAACCCUUACGCUCUGCAGAAUGAGCAGCAGUGUAUCAAAUUGAUGCGCAUUUAGAUGUGUGAGACGACAAUAAAGUUUUUAAUGUGUUUUA